AUGUCGAAAGUCGUGCGCAGCGUGAAAAACGUCACCAAGGGUUACUCCGCCGUUCAGGUGAAAGUCCGAAAUGCGACGAGUAAUGACCAUUGGGGCCCGACCGGGACCGAUAUGGCAGAAAUCGCCUCUCUGACAUUUGGCAGCCCGACAGACUUCUACGAGAUCAUGGAUAUGUUAGACAAGCGGCUGAACGAUAAGGGCAAGAACUGGCGCCACGUGCUGAAGUCGUUGAAGGUACUCGACUACUGUCUCCACGAAGGUUCUGAACUCGUCGUCACAUGGGCCCGGAAGAACGUGUACAUCAUCAAGACCCUGCGCGAGUUCCAGUACAUCGACGAAGACAGCAGAGAUGUUGGUCAGGAUGUCCGUGUUGCUGCCAAGGAACUUACCGCCCUUAUCUUGGAUGAAGACCGACUGCGCAGUGAACGAUCCGACCGCAAGCUCUGGAAGUCCCGGGUAAGCGGUCUCGAUGACCACCAUGGUGGCCACGGAAAUGGUGUGCCGCCACAACGAAGAGAGCGACGGGACCGUCGGCGCGAUGACGAGGAUGCGGAGUACCGCUUGGCAAUCGAAGCAAGCAAAUACGAGGCGGAAGAAGAGCGCAGGCGACGAGCGCAGUCUCAGGGCAACGGAGAAGAUAACGACGAGGACCUGGCUAAGGCGAUCAAGCUUAGCAAGGAAGAGGAAGAAUUGCGCAGGCGCGAGCUGGAGGAAGCCAACGCCCAGUCUCUGUUUGACGAUAGUAAACCUGCGGCCCAGCCGCAGCCCACCGGCUUCAACCAGGGUUAUCAGCAGCAGAGCGCGGUCGACUGGUUCGGCAACCCGAUCAACGCUCAGCAACCGCUGACGACUGGAUACCUCAACAACCAAUAUGCGAACGCGACCGGAUUCCAGGGACAGGCUACCGGCAUGAACGGAUAUUCUAACGGUUUCCAGCCGCAGCCCACAGGUUACAGCCAGAACCCUUAUGCUCAGAACAACUUUCUGCAACCUCAGGCUACCCUCCAACCUCAGCAGACCGGUUUUAGUGCCAACAACCCUUGGGGCACGGAUAUGUUUGGUCAACAGCAGCAGCAGCAGCAAGCGCCACAGCAGGAUGGCAUGCUAUCACCAGGCUCCAACAACCCAUGGGCUAACAACCAGCCUGAGGCUCUGAAACCCAUGCCGACUGGCUCCAACAACCCAUUCGCCGCUCGUACGCAGUUCCACCAAGCCCCAAGGCCCUCUACGUCGGGCGCUCCGUCCCUCAACACCCUGUCAGAGAACCGAGCGACGAACCAAUUCUCAAACCAGUUCUCCAACCAAUUCUCGUCCUCGCCGAACCCCAUUGCGAACUACCAAGCACCUCAAUCACCUCAGCAGACGCAGACUUUGGCGCCGCCUAAACCCGCGCCCCAGAUGGACCCUCACGCUGCUCGUUUGAACGCUCUUUUGGCCACCGGCGAGGGCCAAGACACAUUCGGCAACACCGGUGACCUGCGCAUCCCCGCGCAGCACACAGCGCCUGGCACCUUUGUCAACUCCGCGGGCCAGGGCUUGGACCGAUUAAGGGCCACGCACACCGGGAACAACCCGUUCUAUGCCCAACAGCAGCAAUUCGUGCCGCAGCAGACCGGCUAUCUUCAGCAGCCCAGUAACCCUUGGGGAGGCCACCAGCAGCCGCAACAGGGUGGCAGCCUGAUUGAUUUGUGA